UUCCUUGUCAUAUCCAACCAUACCCAAGGAGCAGGCCUCCGUCCUCUAGACUAAUCCUUAACCACCAAAAGAACGCGCUCAACUAAACCAGUGUGCGGGCACCACCAUGGGCAUCUAUAAUAUCAACACCCAUGUCCGCCAGAACACCCCACCGUAUGAAGGUCUCCAGUAUGGCAGUGCCGUACCCUAUCAGACGUGUGGGAAUGUCUAUCCGGACUCUUCCCCCGAAUCCGUCCUUUCGCGUCAUACCCAUAUGACCACUCCCGAGCGGUCCCCAAUGCGCGUUGUCGGCCAGGCCAUUCUCCCACGCAUUCGCUGUCAGGAUCAGGUCACGGAACCUUCGGCGCCCGGCCCAAUCCGCCACAGAAAAUCCGCAAGCGCAAGUUCUCACCCUUCGCUGUAUCCGUACACACUUCGGCGACCGUCAUCGAUCCACCGUGGCACCAGCCCCCCCAACAGUGACAUUGUCUCGCCUUCCUCCGCUGUGUCAACCGCUUCUCUCUUUGAGUCUGCGUUCAGCUCCGCCCUAAACUCUCCCAUCUCUAUCACCGGCAAUCAUCGACGUCGGUCGUCCCUGGCUGUCAUGUCACGUGAGCCAUCUCAGCAAUCCUUCGCCGGUCGUCCAGGCCACUCUCGCGCUGGUUCAGCGUCAAGUGUGGACGAGGCCGUUCUGAGCCGUUACUCCUAUCCGUAUCGGACCGAACCCCAAUAUGUCACUGCGGCGACAUACCCCCCCAACUCGGCCACUCAUCUGCCGAGCACAAGCUUUUCCAGCCAGUACAAUGCAGAUAUAUUAGCUCCGUUCACCGAUACCGCCGCGGCUGGCACGGAGGCUCCGCAGGAGUCCAAUUGCCUCACCAACUACCUCACGUCUACCAAUCCCACUCCCAUGCUGAUCUCCCGCGCGACGCGGAACGACAUUGGAGCGAAGCACUUCUGGUUCGACGUGCGCAAUCUCCGGCGUUGGGAUGGCUUCUGUGUCCAGACCAUCAUGGACCUCCCCACCAUCCCCGGCCUUCUCGCCAUCUCACUGAAUGCCGACGAAUACUUCCCUCUCCCUCCCCGCACCAACCCCACGCCAGAAACCGAGUCGGCGCUCGUGGAUAUCUGGAAGAACACGCUCGCCUUCAAAGUCAACGCGGGCCUGAAGCUCUGCAACAACAAUCUCCGCAUGCAUGCCGUCUCCAACCCCACAUCCGGCGCCGUCAAUCGCCCGGAUUUCGUCUCCAAUGCCCCGGGUGACAUCGAAAAGACUUUCCGUGGCCACACCCGCGGCCGCGUCAUUGGAAUCGCCAAGAGCUACGAGGAGUGGAAUACCAGCCUGCGCACCGGCAACGCCAACGACCAAUGCAAAUAUCUCAAAGGCCUUGCCCAUCUCCACUACCUCCUGCGCGAGAACGGCUGCCGAUACGGCUUCAUCAUCACCGAGAUCGAGCUCAUCUGCGUCCGUGCCGGCGGCCCCGCGAACAACAUCCCCACCGACUUAUCUGCGUCCACCAACAACGCCGCGGCCACCGGCGCUGAGGAUCCGAACAACUGGCCGAUCUACGGCUGGCUCGAGCUCGCCGCGCCGAUCAAGCUCGCCACGUCCCACGAGCCGACGGACGUUACCGACGCCGGUGCGCACCCCCCGAUGACGGCCGCGUUGGCACUGUGGUUCCUCAACAUGCUCGCCGCGGACCUCGUGCUGCCCGGCCAGCCGUCCUGGCGCAUGGAGGUCGGGGGGCCGGCGGCGUGCUCGCGGAAUCGGUGCGAGCCGCGCGACGAGUGGAUGCCGAAGGUGUUCACGCAGUUUGAGAAGCGGGCGGCGAAGAAGGCGAGAAAGUGGGUGUUUCCUGAUGAGCCGUUUCAGAGAGGCGAGGCGAAGCGGGAGAAGUAGGCCGAUGAAACUGAAGGGAG